CUUGGAAGUUUCUUUAAAAAUUAAACUGUGUAGAAACCCCAAACAACAUGCGACAAUCAUGCUAUAAACAUUCUUUCUUUUAAUUUAUUUCCUUUCACUUUUUCUUUCUCCCAAAUAAAGUGAAAGCGAGGAACAAAAGUUAUUCUUCAUACAAUUGCUUUUCUCAUCAAAUUGCAUUUUGUUGUGAUUUCUGUGAAGCUAUUCUUCAUCUUCCAAGCAAAUCAAUCAACUGAUGGCAGAGGUUAUUGUGGGAGAAACACUCGUCUCAGCUUCUGUGGAGGCCUUGUUACAAAAGCUUGUUUCUACUGAUUUCCGGAGUACGAAGGAGGUUGACGUUUCAGUGUUGAUAAAUCUGAAGAAAACACUCGCGAGGGUUCAACCUGUACUUCAUCAUUAUGCCGAGGACACGAAAUGGCUGGAUUUGCUGAUAGAUGUUGUAUAUCAAGUUGACACAUUGUUUGGCCAAAUCAACACCGAGGCAUCGCGACGCACAGUGGAAACUCCGUAUCAAACCCUAACUCCUACUACUAAGGUGCGCAACAUGCUUUCUAAGACACAUAAAUUAACUGAAAGAUUAGAACGCUUGAUUUUGAGAGAAGAACAAGAUGGGUUGGUGUUUUCUAAUUGCAGCCAUGUUUUACAUGGAACUCCUACAGAUUCUAAUUUGGAGGAUGAUAUUGAUUCUUCUAUUUAUGGAAGAGACUGUGAUAUAAAAAAAGUUAAAGAUCUUUUGUUGUCUAGCAGUGAUGGUGAUAGUAAAAUAAGAGUGAUUUCCAUUGUUGGUAUGGGAGGGAUUGGUAAAACAAACCUUGCUAAACACCUUUACAAUGAUCCACAAGUAAAGGACGAAUUCGAGUUAAAAGUAUGGGCAUAUAUCUCCAAAGAUUUCGAUGCUGUUAGAGUUUUUGAAACCAUUCUUCAAUCUAUCACUUCACAAUCAAUUAGUAAUAGAAACAUGAGUUCUCAAAUUCUUGAAUCUCACAAUGCAAAAGGAAAAUACACCAUUUACCCGAAUCUUCUAUUAGUGUCAUUGCAACAAAUUUUAAAUACUUCCAAAUUUUUGCUAGUGUUGGAUGAUGUGUGGGAUACAAAAUCUGUUAAUUGGAUCAGUUUGAUGGACACUUUUAAUGCCGGGGAAAUGGGAAGUAAAAUCAUCAUCACAACGCGGGAUGAAAGAGUUGCAAGAUCCAUGCAAACGAUUCUCUUUGUUCACUAUUUGAGGCCUCUAGAAAAUGAAGAUUGCUGGACUUUAUUUGCCAGAUAUGCAUUUGGAACAUGUAACGACCAACAACGGUCUCAUCUAGAAGAAAUUGGCAGGGAAAUUUCAAAAAAAUGUGAUGGAUUACCAUUAGCUGCAGUAGAAUUUGGGGCUAUUCUUUACGGAAAGUUGUCCCCAAAUGACUGGAAUUGUGUGCUAGAAAGUAACAUUUGGGAACCAACAAAUCCCGAGGUGCACGCUGCUCUAGAAUCAAGCUAUCAUUAUCUUUCGCCUCCUAUAAAACGAUGCUUUGCAUAUUGCUCUAUUUUUCCAAAAAAGUCCAUCUUAGAAAAAAAAAUGGUAGUUCAGUUGUGGAUUGCAGAAGACUUGGUAGGCUCGUUCACAAGUCAGGAAAGAUGGAAAGUUGGAGAACAAUACUUUGAUGUGCUAGUGUCAAAAUCGUUGAUACAACGGCGGUCUACUGAGAACAAGGAAGAAAAUUUUGAAAUGCAUAACCUUGUCCAUGAUUUAGCUACAAUGGUUUCAUCUCCAUAUUGUAUCAGGUUGGGCGAACAUUACCUACAUGAAAGGGUACAAAAUUUGUCAUACAAUCGAGGGCUAUAUGACUCAUUUGAUAAAUUUGAGAAGUUGUAUGGAUUAAAAUAUCUACGUACCUUUCUAGCACUUCCAUUACAAAAACAAUCGCCUCGUUGUUUGAUAUCGAACCAGGUAGUGCACGACUUGUUGCCUACAAUGAAACAAUUACGCGUGUUGUCUUUGUCCAACUACAAGAGUAUCACCGAGGUUCCCAAGUCUAUUGGAGAUUUGUUAUACCUACAAUACUUAAAUCUUUCUCACACUAAUAUUGAAUGGUUGCCGUCUGAAACAUGCAACCUUUACAAUCUGCAGUUCUUGUUGUUGGGAGGCUGUAAAAGGCUCACAAAAUUGCCUGAGGACAUGGGAAAAUUGGUUAAUCUGCACCACCUUGACGUUAGUGACACUGCAUUGAAGAAGAUGCCCGUACAAAUAGCCAAACUAGAAAAUCUCCACACUUUGUCCGACUUUGUUGUCAGCAAACAUAAUGAUGGAUUAAAGGUUGCAGAGUUGGGAAACUUUCCCCACCUACAUGGAAAACUUUCCAUCUCACAACUACAAAAUGUUACUGACCCCUCUGAAGUAGAUCAAUCUAAUACAAAGAUGAAAGAACAAAUAAAAGAAUUAGCUUUGGAAUGGGACUGUGGUAGUACUUUUCCAGAUUCACAAAUAAAAAGUGUAGUACUUGAACAUUUGCAACCCUCAACAAAUUUGAAAAGUCUCACUAUCAAAGGUUGUGGUGGAAUCAGCUUUCCAAAUUGGUUAGGUGAUUUUUCAUUUAGAAACAUGGUGUAUUUAAAGAUCUCGAAUUGUGAUGAUUGUUUAUGGCUUCCACCCCUUGGACAGUUAGAAAAUCUAAAAGAACUCUUUAUUGAAGGGAUGCCAUCAGUACAAACAAUUGGUACUGAGUUCUAUGGAAGUGAUAGCUCUUCAUUUCAACCGUUUCCCUCCUUGGAGAUCCUACACUUUGCGGAUAUGCAGGAGUGGGAUGAAUGGAACUUAAUUGGAGGUAGGUCUAUAAAGUUUACUAGUCUCAAAACUUUGUCACUAAGUAAGUGCCCGAAACUGAUAGUUGGAAACGUAGUUGACAAAUUUCCUUCCUUAACUGAAUUUGAGUUAAGAGAAUGUCCUUUAGUGGUUCAAUCAACGCCAUUAUCUAAUCAUGUAUCCAGGCAACUGAUGUUCCCUUUGAAUUCUCUUCAACAACUGACCAUAGACGGCAUUCCAUCUUCAAUGUCUUUUCCAGCAGACGGACUUCGAAAAACCUUGAAAUUUCUCAUAAUCAGUAAUUGUGAAAAUCUAGAGUUCCUUCCUCUUGAAUACCUGUCCAAUUACACAUUGCUUGAGGAACUGAAAAUAUCUUAUAGCUGCAAUUCAAUGACAUCAUUUACCUUGGGUGCUCUCCCUGCCCUCAAGAGACUGUUUAUUGAGGGUUGUAAAAAUCUGAAAUCAAUAUUAAUUGCAGAAGAUGCGUCACUAAAGAGUCUCUCAUUUCUUAGAAGCAUCAAAAUAUGGGAUUGUAUUGAACUUGAGUCAUUUCCCCCAAGUGGAUUGGCCACUCCAAACCUUGUUUAUUUUGCAGUAUGGAAGUGUGAGAAGCUUCCUUCACUACCAGAAGCAAUGCACACUCUAACCAACCUUCAAGAAAUGGAAGUGGAUAGUCUACCAAAUCUUCAAUCUUUUGUCAUAGAUGAUUUGCCUAGCAGUUUGCAGGAAUUGACGGUUGGCUCUGUUGGAGGCUUGAUGUGGAAUACUAAGCCAACUUGGGAGCAUCUCACUUGUCUUUCAGUGCUGCGGAUUAAAGGCGAUGAUAUGGUGAAUUCCCUGAUGAGGCCAUUUCUACCUUCAUCUCUUGUGACACUCUACAUAUGUGGUUUUAGUAAUACAAGCUUUGAGGGGAAGUGGCUUCAACAUCUCACUUCUCUCCAAAACCUUGAGAUUUUUAAUGCUCCCAAACUAAAGACUUUGCCAAAAAAAGGAUUGCCUUCAUCUCUUUCAGUACUAAGUAUGACCUGUUGUCCAUCACUGCAAGCAAGUUUGCGGAGGAAGCGAGGGAGGGAGUGGCGUAAGAUUGCUCACAUUCCUGCCAUAAUUAUCAAUGACGAAUUGAUCACAUAAGUUUCAUGUCUUGUAUUAAAUUCUGUGUCACCCCUGAUUCUGCCCAAUCUUGCUGCUGUGAGAAGCCAAAUUCACAUACACGAACUGCAACCAGAUGCCACAAAUGUUUUACUGAUCAGUCAAAGGUGAAAAGGAGAAACAACUGGCCGCAAAUUUGCUAGUCUGCCGAGGAAGCUAGUGAAAGAGUAACGGAAGAUUGCUCACAUUCCCUCCAUAGUCAUCAAAGACUAAUUGAUCACAUAAGUUUCGUGUCUAUGGAUGAGUCACUGAAAUACUUUGUAUUUCAAGAUUCACAUUAUGUCAUCAAUAAAUUUUGUUAAUUUCAAUGUUCACAGUCUUGCAAUACACCAACUCAAGUCAUCUAUUGGAUUUGUUGGCUUAGUCAUUAUGUUGUGUGGAAGAUUUGAGUUAUUUUUAUUCUUUAACCCAUUUGCAGAUCAACCAAUUUGUUGCUACAAUAAAUACCAUUUUUUAUAUUAAGCCUAGCAAGGAAAUAUAAGCUGUUAUUUUCACAUGAGCAGUGGCCUAAAAGACAAUUGUUUGCUAUACAUGUUGUGCUGGAAA